AUGGGAGAUCAAGAUUACCAUAUCAAGCAAUCCCAUGAUCUCCCACAUGUCCUUAUUCUUAACCAUCCCAUUCUCUUUGAUAACCUCCAACCUUACUCUCACAAGUUCAAUUUCAUACACUUCAGUUCCUCUACAGUACCUCUUCACCAAUUCCUCACGUCCCACAACCUCCACCCUUCUUCUAUAUGUGCCCUACUCUGUAGUGGACUAGAGCCCGUCACCGGAGUUGAGAUUCUCCACCACCUCCCGUCGCUCGGCCUUUUGAUCACUGCGACCUCCGGAACAGACCAUAUAGACUUUUUGGAGUGUCACCGCCGGGGAGUUAAGGUGGCGAAUGCCGGAAGUGUGUUCUCGGAAGAUGUAGCUGAUUUGGCGGUGGGUUUGUUCAUUGACGUAAUGAGGAAAAUUACAGCCACGGAUCGCUAUGUAAGAAGACGGGCUUGCCUUGCUACUUCAUGGAAUUUUCCUCUUGGUUCGAAGGUGAGAGGCAAGCGAGUAGGUAUCGUUGGAUUAGGAAGCAUUGGGUUGGAAGUUGCCAAAAGAUUUGAAGCCUUUGGGUGCAUCAUAUCAUACAACUCAAGGACAAAGAAGUCAACAGUUCCUUACACUUUUUAUUCCAACGUUGUUGAGCUCGCAAGUUCUUGCAAUGCACUCAUAGUUUGCUGUCCGUUAAACGAGCAAACAAGGCACAUAAUUAACAGAGAAGUGAUGCUGGCAUUGGGUAAAGAAGGAGUCAUUGUGAAUGUUGGAAGAGGGGCUCUGAUAGACGAAAAGGAAUUGGUCAAGUGUUUGAUUAAAACGGAGAUUGGAGGGGCUGGUUUGGAUGUGUUUGAGGAUGAACCAAGCGUCCCCAGAGAGCUUCUUGAUUUGGAUAAUGUUGUUUUAUCUCCGCAUCUUGGUGGAUUCACUUCAGAAUCUUUCAUGCGUGUUGCUGAAGUUGUGGGACAGAAUUUAGAAGCCUUCUUCUCAGAUAAGCCGUUAAUUACUCCAGUGUUAAUUGAUUAA